UCAGAUUUGGUUUGGCAUGCCCCAAAACCCCCAAGUCCAACACAAACAACAUCAACAAACACUUCGGUUUCUGUGUGAAAGAGAGAUUCUUAAAUUCUUCCCAAGUCAUAUUAUUAUAUUUCUGUGAUGUGUUGCUUGCAGUAUAUACUGAUGGGCAAUGUGAAGACAAGCUAGAUCAUAUUCAAUCAAACGAAGCUGUUGCCUUUACUUGAAACACUAUACUUUCCUUCUUCUCUUUUUGGAGUUCUGCUUCUUCUUCAUCUAGUUCUUAUUCAAAAGCAGAAGCUGUAAUCUUGUCAUCAGCUCUUGAAGACUUUGAAUCUCUGAUCUUGCAGACAUACUUCAGAUAAAUACACUGUUGGAUAGAGCUCUAGUAGUACAGCAAGACAAGUUAAGCUUCCAUGGAGAAGCUUCUUGAUCCAUAUGACAAAGAAUGCAUGAGGAUGGCCAUCUUAAAGCAUGAAGCAAUAUUCAAGGAGCAGGUAAAUGAACUUCAUAGGCUGUACCAUAUCCAGAAGUUAUUGAUGAACAGUUCAAUAGGUAAAAGCAGGCCUAAAGGAAAUAAUAGAGAGAGUUGGGAUUUACAGAAUGAGAUCAGUUUCAGUCACCAACUGAAUUAUGAACUGCAAAGGAAGCUAGAUUUAGAACAACCUGCAGAAGCAGCAGCAGAAGAAAUGGAGGUCAUAGAUGAGAGUGAGAUUGAGUUGACUUUGGGACCCACAAGAUACAACAAAAACAGAAGGAAGAAAUCAGAAGCACAAGUAACUUCAGAAUCAGGGCCAAGUUUCUCUUCUUCUUCUACUGGAUCAAGCCAUGUGAACAGGACUAGUUCAAGGACUCAUUAUCAGAGGAGGAGUAAAGGGCAAUUGGGUGGGUGUGAAGAGCAACUGAGACAGGAUGAGAGGCUCAAAAUGCCUCCUUGGCUUUUCCAAGUUUUGAGCUUGAACAUGACUUGAUCAAAGAAUUAUGAUCCUCUAGGUUGAUAUGAUGUGAUUUUGGACCCUCUUCUGCUGACUAAUUUGUGAUGGAUGUUGUCGAUUCUAAGUUAGUGGAUUGCUAGUGUGAUU